AUGCUCAUGCGUAAAUCCUACUCAAGAUUUGGUGCUACUCUGGCGAAAAGGCACUUUCAAACAUCAUCACUGAUUUGUAACAAGAAGGUCAUUGUCAUAGGAGGUGGACAUGCCGGUGUUGAAGCUGCAGCUGCAUCUGCUCGUUCUGGCGUAAAAACAUGGCUUAUUACAAAGUCGAAGAGGGAUAUUGGUAAAAUGAGCUGCAAUCCAGCAUUUGGUGGGAUUGGUAAAGGAACACUUUUGCGUGAAAUAGACGCCUUAGAUGGUGUUGUCGGAAGAGUCUGUGAUGAGUCUGCAAUUCAGUUUCGUCUCCUUAAUCGCUCGAAAGGUCCUGCUGUUUGGAGUCCUCGAGCUCAAAUGGAUCGGAAAGCCUUCCAACGGAAUAUGCAGAGUACGCUUGCCAGUUAUGACUUGAAAUUGCUUCAAAUCAUAGAAGGUGAUGUUGUAGACAUCAACGUAAAUACAACCGGCGCAGAUAAGCCUUUCAUAUCAAAUGUCCUUCUUGCCGAUGGAACCAAAUUUGACGCUACCAGUGUCGUUAUUGCCACGGGAACGUUUUUAUCUGCUGAACUCCAUAUUGGGCACAAAUCAAUUCCAGGCGGAAGAAUUGGAGAGAACCCAUCAUGUGCUCUUUCCGAUACACUUCGUAAGCUAGGCUUUCGCAUCAAGCGUUUGAAAACGGGGACGCCGCCACGUUUAGCUUCACAUUCCAUUGAUAUCACGAAAAUGAUUCCUGAAUAUGGUGAUGAUCAACCCGCACCUUUUAGUUAUUUGAAUUCCAGAGAUAAUUUUCAACCAUCUCUUCCCCAGAGGCCUUGUUAUGUGACUUACACUAAUGCAACUACGCACGAAAUUGUUCGAAAAAACAUGCACUUAGCCCCUCAUAUGGCGGCCGUUCACAUUAAUUCACCACGGUAUUGUCCUUCAAUUGAGACGAAGAUUGUACGUUUUCCAUUAAGAGAACGCCAUAUUGUUUGGCUUGAGCCAGAAGGAUUUGAUGAAGAUGCGUUAUGGUAUCCAAAUGGCUUGAGCAAUUCCUUACCCGAAGAUGUUCAGUUACAGCUUAUUCGCAGUAUAUCUGGAUUGAAAGAUGCUGUGAUUGUUCAACCCGCUUAUGGAGUUAUGUAUGACUAUUUAGAUCCCCUGCAACUGAAUGCAUCCUUGGAGACCCAGUUAGUAUCUGGUCUCUUCCUUGCUGGACAAAUUAACGGAACAACAGGCUACGAAGAAGCUGCUGCUCAAGGUGUAUUGGCGGGAAUAAAUGCUGCUAAAUACACAAAGAACGAAGAGCUUGUAGUGAUCCCGAGAAAAGUUGCUAUGCUUGGCGUUCUUGUUGAUGAUCUUGUAACGAAAGGCGUGACUGAACCCUACAGGAUGUUUACUUCAAGGAGUGAAUAUCGCUUAACAACUCGCGCUGAUAAUGCUGAUGAGCGUCUUACUCCUUUAGCAAAAAAUAUUGGUCUUUUGGACAACAAUCCAAAUCGAUAUACACUAUUUCAAUCAAUGUUAAAGCAGAGACAAAAAGUUAUAGAGGCCGCAAAAGAGUUUUCACUGACAGCUCAUGAAUGGAAGCAGUUGGGCUACACUGUUAAUCAGGAUGGAAAACAUCGUACCCUAUGGGAAUUAUUGCGAAAUCCAACUUUUGAUCGUAUGCGUCUUUUAAAGCUAAUUCCUUCCACGAAGGAGCUUUCUCAGACACAACUCAAUCGAAUACUUGUGGAGGCACUCUAUACUACUUAUAUUGAGCAACAAGAGUCAGAGAAUCGUUUCCUAAACUUUCGAGAAGAGGCAACCAUCAUCCCUAAUGAUGUUGACUACACUGCCAUCGGCGGCAUUUCGACAGAAGAAAUAAACCUCUUACAAUGUAUAAAACCAUCAUCAUUAGCUCAGUUGAAACAAAUUUCUGGAAUUAAACCAGGAACAAUAAUUCGCCUCUUGCGCCAUGUACGACGUAAUGCGUCUAAAGAACAAUGGUUCCAAACCGUUUUUGGUAAUCCUAGGAAAAUGUUUUUACAAUCAAAAUAAUAAUGAUGCUCAUUUCCGACACAUUCAAAAUUUGCAUUCAUCUUGUUUCUGAUCCCGUAUAUUCUUUUUGACCUAUACAAAUGCGUACUUUGUAUUAAGUGUUCGUAGUCGUUGCCGUCACUUUGCAAUAUAUUCAAACUUAAGCAAAAUAUAGAACGACAAGUCUUUUCCUUCGUUGAACAUUUAUUGGACAUUUUUUUUAUAAUUUACCAACCGUUACUUUUAAAGUACAAAACCAUAAGAUUGAAGCACACUUUGACCAUCGCCUGGUAAUUGAGUGGAAACGAUCUGAGACAAUCUGUUUCCAGUAUGCUUGUUAAUUGUGUUCAUCUCAAGGGCAAGGUGUUGCUUGGGAUCAGUGACUUGAGGGAAUGGAUCAAUUCUUUUUCCUCCAGUAGUAACUAGACGAGAGAAUGAAGCUUGGAACGAUAAAUCAUCAGCAUCAAUAGCAUCAGUUAAGUCCUCAUCACCCUUUGCUUGCUCAACAGGAAGCUCAAACAGCUUCAAGAUAGCACCAAGCAGAGGAAUAAUAAGACGUUCGUAAGGUGCCCCUGGGGCAAUAAAUGCUUCACACUUCAGGAAAUGUGUAGCACCAACAGCAACGAUUUUUCGAUCCAAGGCUACGGCAAUCUUUUGGGUUUCGGGAAGGAUAAAAGCUGUCAUAAUUUGUCCAAAAACACCAGCUUGGACGCCAUCGAUACCCUUAAUAAUAUUUUCGGGACCCGCAUAACCCGUGCUCAUCGACGCCAGAUAGAAAAUAAAGACAGUCAACCGAAGAACAAAGCGCUCUGUUUUGGAGUUGCGAAGACGUGCCAAUAUAAGGAAGAAAAUGUGAUUGAUGUAAGGAGAGAGGGUAUUCGCAUCGAAAACGGUGAGGACCUUUUCCAAUAAGUUGAAACCGUGAACAUCGUUAACCCGAGAUGAAAUAAGACGCUGGUAAAUGCCGAGAACAGGUUCAACAUAAUUGUUUGUGACGAAAAGUUGAGGACCCCUGCUUAUAGUGGCCUGCAAGAGACGAACCAAAGCAGGAAUAUUACCCUUUGAAUCCCACAAGGCAGGAGCAAGGCAGGGUUGGAUGAGACUAACAACGAAGUCGGGAAGAGGUGCAUUGGCGUUUGCCUCAAUAAGUUGUGAGAGCAAUUGAAGAACAUAUGGAAUGAAUUCAACAACAUCCUCCGCAAGAAUGAAUUGGAAAACAG